AUGCAGCCAAAUUAUGCCCGGGGCUAUCCCCCGACCGCCCAACGGUCUCCAGCCACACCCCGUCGGGCCCCAGGACCAGGUUUGUCCCCUUUCCAACCUCCCCGUCCGCGCCCGUCUAACCCUAAAGUAGCUGGCGCGAUGCCUGUCCCAAUGCCCCAGCACGCCGUCAACCCCCAGUAUAUGGCCGCGCAGCGCGCAAUGCCCCAUCCUAACGACGCGACCCUCCGUCGUAGCCGCAAGCCGACCGACAAGAACAUUCCCGAUGGCGUCGAAGAGGUGAUCAUCGGUGAGGGUGUCGAUCAAUACAAGAACCUUCGCGACCUCGAGAAGCGACUGGAUGCCGCCAUUGUACGCAAGCGACUGGACAUCCAAGACUCUAUCAGCAAAACCGUGAAGAAGUACCGCACCCUGCGAAUCUGGAUCACCAAUACCGUCGAGAACCAGCCCUGGCAGGGAACCGGCAGCAACCCGGGCUCGGGGCGGUACAAAGUGCGCAUUGAAGGCCGGUUGCUAGAUGAUAAUAAUGACCCCACCGUUCCAGACGAUGAUGAAGAGGGUGACAAGGGCGAUGCGAUGGAUCAGGACAAGGAUGAAGCGGAUGAUUCGAAGAAGUCUGAAUCAAAGAAGCCGUCCCAGCGCUUCUCUCACUUCUUCAAGACUAUCACUGUCGACUUUGAUAAGCCGGCCAGCACCGUUCCUGAUGAGGCUAAACCUGUCAGCUGGACGAAGCCUCAGGUGCCACCGAACGCGACGUCAGCACCCCCGAAUGCCGAGUUCGAUAGCAUACAGUUCACUCGCAGCUCGCAGGAAAACCAGAAUGUCACCAUUAGCCUAGUGCGAGAUGAGACACCCGAACGGUACAAGCUGAGCAAGGAACUCGCCGAGGUGCUGGACGUUGAGGAGGAGACGCGAAGCGGAAUCGUGCUCGGAAUCUGGGACUACAUUCGGGCAAUGGAGCUACAAGAAGACGAGGAGAAGCGACAAGUGCGCUGUGACCACCGCCUGCGCUCGAUCUUUGGUCGCGAGCAAAUGUUCUUCCCCCAGAUCCCAGAGAGCAUCGCGCCCCACACUAGCCCUAUGGACCCGAUCAAGCUUCCUUAUACUGUUCGUGUCGACGAGGAGUUCCACAAGGAGCCCACUCCCACCAUCUACGACAUCCAGGUCGCAGUCGAAGACCCUCUGCGCCAAAAGAUGAUGGCUCUCACGCAGAACCCCCAAUACACAGCUGGCAUGCGCCAGAUCGCCUCGCUGGAUGACCAGGUCGCGCUCAUCAUCCAGGCUCUCACCCACUCCCGCGCACGCCACUCCUUCUACACUGCCCUGAGCAAGGACCCCGCCACCUUCCUGCGUCGCUGGGUCAACUCCCAGCGUCGGGAUCUUGAGACUAUUCUUGGUGAUGCUAAUGGUGUUGGCGAUGGCAGUGGUCCUGAGUUCCGUCGUGGAGGCUCCGAGAGCGCCUGGGAGACUCCUGUGGCGAAGGAGGCCGUGCGGUAUAUGCUGGCAAAGCCUGAGGCCGCAGCGCCUCGGUGA